AUGGCCCCGAACCAUGACCAGCGGUAUGACCCCGUGCCGCCAAUACCGACCUACGAAGAAGCGAUCGCUAGCGGCAGCGCAUGGCAUCGCGACGUCGCAGAAUCGCCCGUCGACCACGCCCGUCAUACGACCGAAGCAGAGGCAGAAGGCCAAUCGCUUCUAACAAACUCCCGACAUGCGUUCGAAUCCACAACUCCGAAUCAACCGCCCGCGCACGGCCGGCGACCCCGAGGCUAUCGGCCCCCGACCGUCGAGACGGACGACGAGAGCAGCCUGUUCAGUUCGAGCUCCGAUUCGGACUCGGACGAUGAGCGAGAGGCGGACCAGGUGCGCCGGGAGAUGCAAGAAUUGGAGAUUGACGACUCCGACGUACACGGCCGAAACCAGUCGUCAUGGGGCAAGCGCAUAGGCUUGUCUCUCCCUCCAUGGCGCUGGAAAUGGAGGUGGCGAUUACCGACCCUUCGGCGCCCGGCUGCCGCCGGUGGGAGCGGGAACGGGAACGGGAGCGGGAGCGGGAGCGACGACACAGGUCGAGCACCCGAAGCCGAACAAACUUCGGGCUCCUCCUGGUUCGCGCGCGCACGCCCAUUAUCGUUCCCCAAGUUCGGCAGCACCGCCCUCUUCCUCCUUGUUGGCCGGACACUGGCCAUCUUGAUCGUGAUGGGCUUCCUCUACCUCCUCUUUGCGAGCGAUCUGUGGAGUGACAUGGCCCGGAGGAUGGGCAGCCAGAUGUUUGACCCGGAGAGUAUACGGAUAUACGUCCAGAGCAACGUGGACCCUCGAAAGAUCCGAGAACACCUGCAGCAUUUCACGAGCUAUGCGCAUCUUGCCGGCACCGCCGGUGACUUUGCGCUGAUGGAGGAUACCGAGAUGCUGUUCACCAAGUACGGGCUGGAAGACGUCAAGCGGGACGUGUACCAGGUGUACCUAAACUACCCCACGGCCCAAGGCCGGGCCGUGGAGAUCUGGGAAGAGGGUGGCAAGAUGGUGUGGGCGGCCAAGCUGGAAGAGGAGGAAGUUGGAGGCAGGAGCGCCGGGCGCCAGACGUUUGCAUUUCACGGACAUUCGAGGUCCGGGGAUGUCCAGGGGAGGCUGAUUUACGCCAACUACGGCUCGAAGGAGGACUUCCAGGCGUUGAGUGACCGUGGCAUCAAUACGACAGGCACGAUUGUGUUGGUAAGGCACUACGGGCCGCAGGAAGACCUCGCAUUCAAGGUCAAGGCUGCCGAGGAAGCCGGAGCCGCCGGUUGCAUCACGUUCACCGACCCCAGCGACAACGGCUUCGUGAAGGGGACGGAGGCGCCUAAGGGUCGGUUCAUGCCCGCCGACGGCGUGCAGAGAGGAAGCGUCAGCUUGACCAACUGGGUGGUCGGCGACCCCCUGACGCCCAGCUGGGAGAGCAAGGAGAACAUGCCGCGCAUGAAGGUGGACCAAACACAGGGCCUUGCCAAGAUCCCUAGCAUCCCUCUGGCAUGGCGCGACGCGCAGGGCCUGCUCCAGCGUCUGCAGGGAUGCGGUCACCUCGUCCCCAAACCAUGGGUCGGGGGCGUCCCGGAUGUGGGCGAGUGGUGGACCGGAAACGGCUCGUCGCCAAUUGUGCGCCUUAGGAACGAGCAGGACGAGGUUGAGAGGCAACCGAUCUGGAAUGUGUACGGCAGGAUCGUCGGCAUCGAGCAGGGAGAGAAGAAGGUCAUCGUCGGAAACCAUCGCGACUCGUGGGCAUUUGGAGCGGCGGAUCCCCAUUCGGGAACCGCCAUCAUGAUGGAGAUUAUCCGCGUCCUCGGCGACGUUGUCGCCCGCGGCUGGCGGCCCUUGCGCACCAUCGAGUUUGCGUCUUGGGACGGUUCAGAGUAUAACUUGAUUGGAUCCACAGAGUACGUCGAACACAACGAAGAAGCCCUGCGCCGGGAUGCCCUCGCCUACAUCAAUCUCGGCAAGGCGGUAUCCGGCCGCACCUUUCGCGCCGCCGGAUCGCCCGUCUUCCGCAAGCUCCUGCUCCAGGUCCUGAACCGUGUCGGCGACCCGCACUAUAACGCCACCUUGCGCGAGCGCUGGGACGAGCGCAAGGGGAAGAUCGAAGGCCUCGGCGUCGACUCCGACUAUGUCGCCUUUCAGGACAUCGUCGGCACGUCCUCCCUAGAUCUCCACUUUGACGGCGACAGGUUCCCCCACCACUCGAGCUACGAGAACUUUGAGUGGAUGGACAACGUCGGCGACCCGGGCUUCAUCUACCACACACUCCUCGGCCAAGUGCUGGGGCUCCUGAUCCUCGAACUCGCAGACCGCCCCGUCAUGCCCUUCGACAUGCCCGCCUAUGCCGACAACCUCCUCCGCUGGGUCAACGGGCUCAAGUCGUGGGCCGAGAAGCAGCCGGGCGCAGCAGACAAACAAAUAUCAUUUUGGGCCCUCGAACUGGCGGCCAAGGACGUCGCCAAGUCGGUCGGGGAGUUUGUCAAGUGGGAGAGCAGUUGGGAGACCAGAGUGCUCUCGGCCAGCGGGUGGGAGCCGUCGAAUCUGGGGAGGGAGCGGUGCGAUUAUAACGCCCGCAUGGCCCAGUUCGAAUCGGACCUGUUGGAUCUUGCCGGGAUGCCUCAUCGCACGCAGUUCAAACACGUCGUGUUCGGCCCGCAGGUCUGGCCCGGCGAUCCCGAAGCCUACUUUCCCAGCAUCAGGGACGCUAUCAAGUCGGGCAACGCGACGCUGGCGCAGUUGACCGUCGAUAGGGUCGCGGGCAUCUUGAAGCAGGCCGGGGACAAUCUGCUGAAAUAA